GGACCGGGCCCUUUCUGCUGCCGGGAAGGAGACUCGCUCGGUGCGCUGCUGCCAGGGGUCCGUCGGGCUCUGCUGGGGCCGCCGCCUGCGGGGACCUCAACAUUAUUCUUUGCCAGGCAGAAAAACCUCUGAAAUCCUGAAGCUGCCUGUACUUGUUUUUGACAUUUAAGGUCCCUGUACCUCAAAUACACUUGCAUGUGCUUAAUCUUAAGCAUGUGACUAUCCCAUUAGAGACAACACAGGAGUCUACAGUGAAGUCAGAGUUUAAAUAAGGAUGGAGCUGGCUCAUAGUUUGUUGCUAAAUGAAGAAGCUUUGGCUCAAAUCACAGAAGCAAAGAGACCGGUCUUUAUUUUUGAGUGGUUGCGAUUUCUGGAUAAAGUGCUUGUAGCUGCCAACAAGACAGAUGUCAAGGAAAAACAAAAGAAGCUUGUGGAACAGCUAACUGGACUCAUCAGCAGUUCCCCUGGGCCACCCACACGUAAAUUACUGGCUAAAAAUCUUGCGGCUCUUUAUAGCAUUGGCGAUACAUUUACUGUCUUUCAGACACUUGAUAAGUGUAAUGACAUUAUCAAGAAUAAAGAUGAUACUGCUGCCUAUUUACCGACCAAAUUGGCUGCAGUGGCAUGUGUUGGAGCUUUUUAUGAAAAAAUGGGCAGGAUGCUGGGCAGUUCUUUUCCAGAAACAGUUAAUAAUCUCUUAAAGUCUCUGAAAAGUGCAGAGUCUCAGGGCCGAAGUGAAAUAUUAAUGAGUUUACAGAAAGUUCUAAAUGGACUGGGUGGUGCAGCAGCUUCAUGCCACCGUGAUAUUUAUAAGAAUGCACGAUCUCUGCUGACAGAUAGAUCUAUGGCUGUACGAUGUGCAGUAGCUAAGUGCCUACUGGAACUACAAAAUGAAGCUGUAUUUAUGUGGACUGCUGAGCUAGAAAAUGUAGCAACACUCUGCUUUAAAGCUCUGGAAAACUCAAAUUAUGCUGUACGAGUUGCAGUGUCGAAGCUUUUGGGGACAGUCAUGGCUACAGCGUUGAUACCAAAACAAGCAACAGUGAUGCGUCAGAACGUGAAGCGGGCUACACUGGAGGAAGUCCUAGAACUUAUGGCCACAGGGUUUCUUCGAGGAGGGUCAGGAUUCCUAAAAAGCGGUGGUGAGAUGUUGAAAGUAGGAGGGUCUGUCAAUCGGGAAGUGCGAGUUGGUGUCACACAGGCAUAUGUUGUCUUUGUUACAACGCUAGGAGGCCAGUGGUUGGAGCGCAAUUUUGCUACAUUUUUGUCCCAUGUCCUGGAUCUGGUGUCGCAUCCUCGUGCAACUCAGACUCAUGUUGAGGCUGUAUACUCUCGAAGAUGUGUGUCCUUUAUCUUGAGAGCAACCGUAGGCAGUUUAUUAGGAGAGAAAGCACAGAUUGCAGCUGCCAAAGAUAUUUGUCAAGCCAUUGGUAAACAAAUGAAGGCAGUGGAAGCAGUUGUAAAUGAUACUAACGGUGAAAAUAAAUCAGGAGCUGCUGAUGUAGCUGCAAGCCAACAUGUGAUGGUGUGUGCCCUUCAAGAACUGGGUAGCCUGGUUCAGAGCCUGAAUGCCACUGCAUCUCCACUCAUACAAGAACCCUCUCUAGGGCUACUGGAGACAGUAACCUCAGUUCUUCUUCAUCCAAGCAUGGCUGCUCGACUAGCUGCUGCAUGGUGCUUGCGCUGUGUAGCUGUGGCAUUGCCUUUUCAGUUGACUCCAUUUCUGGAUAGGUGUGCUGAAAGGCUCAACAAUCUGAAGACCUCACCAGAAGCAGUUAGUGGCUACAGUUUUGCAAUGGCUGCUUUACUAGGUGGAGUGCAUCAGUGUCCCUUAGGUAUUCCUCAUGCAAAGGGAAAAAUGGUUGUCAGUAUUGCUGAGGAUCUGUUACGAACUGCUGCUCAAAAUAGCAGACUAUCCUUACAGCGCACUCAAGCUGGAUGGCUUUUACUUGGUGCACUUAUGACUUUAGGUCCUUCAGUUGUUCGAUACCAUCUACCUAAGAUGCUGCUGCUAUGGCGAAAUGUAUUUCCUCGUUCUCUAAAGGAGCUAGAAGCAGAGAAAGCCCGAGGAGACUCUUUUACCUGGCAAGUAACAUUGGAAGGUCGUGCUGGAGCUUUGUGCGCUAUGAGGAGUUUCGUUGCUCACUGUCCUGAGCUCCUUACUGAAGAUGUGAUCAGAAAAUUAAUGACACCUAUAGAAUGUGCCAUGACAAUGAUGUCACACAUUCCAUCAGUAAUUAAAGCCCAUGGAGCUCAUCUUAAAGCUAGCGCAGCUAUGGUCCGUUUAAGACUAUAUGACAUUUUGGCUUUGUUACCUCCAAAAACUUACGAAGGAUCAUUUAAUGCACUCCUUCGGGAGCUAGUGGCAGAAUUCACUUUGACAGACAAUUCUGCUAAUACAACUACGUCGCUGCUUAGAUCUCUUUGCCAUUAUGAUGACAGUGUUCUUCUUGGCUCUUGGCUGCAGGAAACAGAUCAUAAAUCAAUUGAAGAUCAGCUUCAGCCAAACAGUGCAUCUGGAAGUGGAGCUUUGGAACAUGACCCAUCUUCCAUUUAUUUGCGCAUCCCAGCUGGUGAAGCUGUGCCUGGCCCCCUUCCUCUGGGAGUAUCAGUCAUUGAUGCCUCUGUGGCGCUCUUUGGUGUGGUUUUUCCUCAUGUUUCUUACAAACACAGGCUACAAAUGUUGGAUCACUUUGCUGAAUGUGUCAAACAGGCUAAAGGUGUCCGCCAACAAGCUGUGCAGCUUAAUAUCUUCACUGCUGUUCUCAGCGCAUUGAAGGGUUUAGCUGAGAAUAAAAGCACAUUAGGACCAGAAGAAGUCCGCAAAUCUGCUUUGACAUUGGUUAUGGGUGCCCUUGACAAUCCUAAUCCCAUUUUGAGAUGUGCAGCAGGAGAGGCACUUGGCAGAAUGGCCCAGGUAGUUGGAGAAGCAACUUUCAUCGCCAGAAUGGCUCAGUUCAGCUUUGACAAGUUAAAAUCUGCUCGAGAUGUUGUGUCAAGAACUGGUCAUUCGUUGGCUCUUGGUUGUCUCCAUCGUUAUGUGGGUGGAAUAGGUUCUGGACAGCAUCUGAAAACCAGUGUCAGUAUUCUGUUGGCAUUGGCACAAGAUGGGACCUCACCUGAAGUCCAGACUUGGUCUCUCCAUUCACUUGCCUUGAUAGUGGACUCUAGUGGGCCAAUGUACCGGGGAUAUGUGGAGCCUACUCUGUCUCUCGUUCUUACCCUGCUCUUGACAGUUCCACCAUCGCAUACAGAAGUACAUCAGUGUUUGGGCCGAUGUCUCGGGGCUAUAAUAACUACAGUUGGCCCUGAGCUGCAAGGUAAUGGAGCUACUAUUUCAACAAUCCGCUCUUCAUGCUUGGUGGGAUGUGCGAUCACACAAGAUCACUCAGACUCUCUUGUUCAGGCAGCGGCCAUAUCCUGCCUUCAGCAGCUUCACAUGUUUGCACCCCGCCAUGUCAACCUAUCCAGUCUGGUUCCAAGCCUUUGUGUUCACUUGUGCAGUUCUCAUUUAUUGCUCCGUCGGGCUGCAGUGGCAUGUUUGCGACAGCUUGCGCAGAGGGAAGCAGCAGAAGUGUGUGAAUAUGCCAUGAGCUUAGCAAAAAAUGCUGGCGACAAAGAGAAUAGUGGCGUCAAUAUUAACCCUUUCGCACCAGGAGUUGGUUCUCGGCGAGAUAGUCAUUGCCGGCAUCAAGGAGUUAAUAUAACAGAGACCGGCCUCGAGGGGGUUCUUUUUGGAAUGUUAGAUCGGGAGACUGAUCGAAAGCUGUGUUCUGAUAUUCAUGAUACCUUGGGACAUAUGCUUUCAUCCCUGGCAGUGGAAAAACUUUCACACUGGCUAAUGCUAUGUAAGGAUGUCCUAGCAGCCUCCAGUGACAUGAGCACUGCAGCUCCUUUGGGAGGAGGAAAGGAUGAAGAAUCGGAGAAGAAAGAUGAGAUGGAUGAUGACACAAUGUUUACCACUCUGGGUGAAGAGGAUAAAUCGAAGCCUUCUGUGGCUCCUCGCUGGGCCACUCGUGUAUUUGCUGCUGACUGCCUGUGUCGAAUUAUCAUGCUGUGUGAGAAUGCGAAUAAGGCUCACUUUGAUCUGGCCAUGGCUCGUUCAGCCAAACUCAGAAACCCUAAAAAUGAUCUUUUAGUGCUCCAUCUCUCCGACCUCAUCCGUAUGGCAUUCAUGGCUGCAACUGACCACAGCAACCAGCUGCGGAUGGCUGGUCUCCAGGCACUUGAAGACAUUAUCAAGAAAUUUGCAUCAGUUUCUGAGCCAGAGUUUCCAGGUCAUGUGAUACUGGAGCAGUAUCAGGCUAAUGUUGGAGCUGCUCUAAGACCAGCUUUUUCCCAAGAUACCCCUUCUGACAUAACAGCAAAAGCCUGCCAGGUAUGUAGCACGUGGAUAGGAAGUGAGGUUGUUAGUGACCUGAAUGAUCUUCGCCGAGUUCACAAUCUCCUUGUCUCCUCCUUGGACAAAGUGCAAGCGGGAAAGGGGUCUUCCAGUCAGCUUUAUCAAGAGAGUGCCACGACUAUGGAAAAAUUGGCAGUCCUGAAAGCCUGGGCUGAGGUGUAUGUUGUAGCUAUGAAAAUUAAAAAGGAAGCAGAGACCAAACCAAAGCGAGCAAUAAAGAAUACGGAUGAUGAGGAAGAGGAUUUUGGUACUGUAGAUGAGCUACCUCCAGACAGUUUGAUAACACUUGUACAACCUGAGCUGCCUAUUCUGAGUCGCCUUUGGCUAGCUGCAUUGAAAGACUAUGCUCUUUUGACUUUACCAGCUGAAUUUGCUAGUCAGCUUCCACCAGAUGGUGGAGCUUUUUACACUCCAGAGACAAUUGAUACAGCUAGACUGCACUACCGGAACUCUUGGGCUCCAAUCCUACAUGCAGUGGCACUCUGGCUAAACAGUGCAGGAUUUAAUGCUUCUGAGUCACCAGAAGAAGCAGCUGCAGCAAUGCCUAAUUCACAGAAACGUUCCUCGUCUAUCAUAUUAAACCAGGCACCUGGAACACCACCUACCACUAAAUCUUUGCCAGAGAUAAACAAAGAUAGAAUGCAUUUGAUUUUAGGUGUUAGUAUACAAUUUCUCUGUUCCCCCAGGCCUGAGGAGCCUGUUGAACACGUCACAUCUUGUUUACAGGCACUGCAUACUUUACUGGAUUCCCCUUGUGCUAGAAUUCAUAUUGCAGAGGAUCAGCUCCUUGGUGUUGAACUUCUGAGUGUGAUGCAUCGACUCUUAUUGACCUGGGAUCCCCCUUCAGUCCAGCUGCUAGUUACAGGAGUUGUCCAGCAGAUAGUGAGAGCAGCUCAAGAUUACUUGCAAGAAAAAAGGAACACUCUAAAUGAAGACGACAUAAAGGAAAAAGAAACAUGCCUUGUGUUAGGAGAAGGUGGUGAGAACGGUGGCCUUGUGCCUGGAAAAUCUCUCGUCUUUGCAGCCAUGGAACUACUAAUGUUUAUCCUAGUACGGCACAUGCCACAUCUAAGCCCAAAAAUGUCAGACUCUCCAAGUCAUGUUUCUGCCAAACCCCAGCUCUCUGAAGAAAGUGCUCGCCUUGUGGCUGCCACAGUUACCAUCCUAUCUGACCUGCCGUCUCUGUGCUCUCCAGCCGGAUGUAUGACAAUAUUACCUACAAUCCUGUUUCUGAUUACAAGAGUAUUGAAAGAAACUGCAGUAAAAUCAGUGGAUAAUCAGGUCUCACCACCAGUCAGUGCAACUCUUCAGGCGAUAAAAACUAUUGUAACUCUUCCAAUGGCCAAGACUGAGGAAACUCAUAAGCAAUGGACCAGUCUUAUCCGCAGCACUCUGGCAUCUGUCUUGGAGUACUCCCAACCAGAGGGCACUAAGUCUGUUCUUGAUGAAGUGAGCAUGCUUACAGCAAUUGCGCUCUUCCUUUGGUCUGCAAGUACAGAAAUAAUUGGAGUGCAAUCCUUACAGAACGGCUGCAUUAACAGAUUUAAAAAUGCAUUGAAUUCCUGUGAUCCUUGGGUUCAAGCCAAGUGUUAUCAGCUUCUACUUUCUGUAUUCCAACACACCAACCGUGCCCUGUCAACUCCAUACAUCCAUUCAUUGGCACCAAUAAUGGUUGAGAAACUGAAAGCUGUAGAAGGUAACCGUCCAAACAGCAACACAGAGCUUUUAGCAGUCCAGGAAGGAAUUAAAGUCCUUGAAACAUUGGUUGCCCUUGGUGAGGAGCAGAAUAGAGUCCAGUUGCUUGCUCUUCUAGUUCCAAUUCUGAUCUCUUAUUUACUGAAUGAAAAUGCCUUUGCUUCUGCAUCUACAAUAUCGAAAGAUCUUCAUGAAUUUGCACUCCAAAAUUUAAUGCACAUUGGUCCCCUCUACCCUCAUGCUUUCAAGACAGUAAUGGGAGCUGCUCCUGAAUUGAAAAUACGUCUAGAAACUGCAGUCCGAGCAAGUCAGGCCAACAAAGCAAAAGCAGCUGCCAGGCAACCACCACCCACAAUACAUUCUGUCCCAACAAUUAAACUUAAAACUAGCUUUUUUUGAAUUAUUUUGAGUUGUUAUUUUUGGGAUUAUACCUACAAUUAAAAGUCAGAAGCACUACAUCAUUCCUUAUGUGCUACUGCAUAUAUGUUUGUAUUUUGCAUUAUUUGUAUGUCAGAGGCAAUCUAAUAGCUUUAUGUGUAAUUACUUGAAAUUUGUGCAUCAUAAGGGAAGUAGUGUUACAAGUAUUUAUAUAGAUUUUUAAGAAAUUGAAUUUGUUUGAUCAUAUUUGUGAAUCUGUUAUAAAUUAUCCACUAAAAAUGUAUCAUCUGUCCUACUAAAUUGUGUUGUUUAUUUUUAGAACCCAGUCAAACCUUGCAAUUGUAAGUGUUUUUAAAAACUAGUUAAUGCUAUCCCACUGUUGUACCAGCACACUAACACAGCAGGGUUGGAGUGGGAGGAGAAACCAGUGUUCAGUAUUUACUAUUUAUCUUUGGAAAUUUCAGGUGUAAUAAUCACUUUUUUCUUAAAAAAACAAAAACAAAAAAACCCACAAACCUGGUGAAGUUGGAGUGUAUCAAACGUAAAAUUCAUUUCAGGUCACAUGUAAUACAAAAAAAAGCAGGAACGGGAAAAGAUUGCAGUCUUUUCCAAGAUAAACAAUCAAGCAUGCUGUCAAAAUAAGAUAUUAACUUUGUGGUAUAUCUCUUUCUUUCAGAUCAGUUUCCAUGCCUGAGAGUUGUUAAAAGGAUUCAAAGAACCAACCCCCCUCCCCCAUCUCUCACUAAGAUAAAUGAAAAAAUGCAUUGGAAAUAAUGUUUAUAAAUGGGACCAUAUGCCAUCUGCAUUUCUAUGGCUCUGGAAUUUGCCUGUUGCAAAGGUUCCUGUGGUAAACUGUCCCCCUACUCUGCCCAGAUCCCACAGUUCAGUGUUCUGCUUGCUUUGCCUAGAUUCUCAGAGGGAAGAGCACUGUUACCUGCUACAAGAUUUGACUAUAAUGGGAGCCAUUGGGCUGUUUCUCCUGUCAGACUUCACAAGGGGCUAGUGGAGAACCUUCUUUCUGCAGCCAUAGGGAGGGGGCUAGAACUCUCACAUACCUUUCUUAGAGUCAGGAGGAGGUGGAAGGCAUAAGGCCAUAUACUCUGUGCAUAUCAGACCUACAAUUUCUGGCAAGGGUCCUGAUUUAUUCAAUGCAGUAGGGCUAUUUUCCUUGGUAAACUGGGAAUUGUGCAACAUUGUGAAAUAUUCAGGAAAAUACUGAAGUAUAGUAUUUUUAUUGAAUUAUAUGUUAAUGCCUCUGUUCCUAUCCAUUUUAAUAGUCAGCUGAAAUCUCUGCAUUUUAAUGUCUUUUACACUGCUUUAGAAUUUCCAAGUUGCCACAUAAAUCAGGGGUCCUUCCUAUAUAGGUUUGUUGUGUCAUACAACCUAUAGGGCUUUCAUAAUGAAUGGCAUGUUUCUAUCCCUCCAUCUUUGUUGUCCAUUCAGGUGUUCCUAUAAUAAGUCAAUGUACAAGCUAUUUAUAUAAUUUGAGAAAUGGAUCCUAAAAUUUCUGUUGUUUGAACCUCACAAUAAGAAAUGAGUAGUAAUCAGAAUUUAAUCAUCUGAUUGAUAUUUGGCUGAAAUAUGUAUGGAUUAUUGUCUUGCCAUAGGCAUUUACCCAUCUCUUUCUUCUAAAUAGCCACUGUGAUAGCCCUUCCUUUGAGCAUCUGUGCAAGGGGAAGGGGAAGAUCAACUGUAAUUAAAACCAAUUAACUAAGAAUAAGAUAGUUCUUUUUCACCCUGUCAGUUAGUUUGUUGUUAUGUUUAGAAAAGCUUUUAAUUCAGAAUUGUUCUUGACCAUUAUUCAAGAUGACAAAGAAUGAUGUGAGCCCCAGUGUUCCUGCAGACAGUUACUAUAGGACGUAUCUUUACUCCCACACCUAGUUCUACUAAUGUAAUAGGACUAGACAUGAGCGUAAAGACACAUAGAGUAAUGAACUGUUUAUAGAAUGAAGCCCAAAGUGAGGAAAGAAUGGCAGCAAAGAAUUAUUUGCUUUAUUCUUUCUUUCUAUACAUAGUGAUUAAAUUAAUUAAAAUUUACAAUAUAAUUCGUAAUUUCAAAGCUGAAACAUUAAGAGCUCAUUGAAUAAAAAGUACAAGCCUUUUAAAAUUUCAUGAGGGAAGAUGAAUUUCAAAGUAAAUGUGUCAGCAAGAUUUUUAGAGAAACCAUACAAACACGUAAAACAGCUGGAAGUGAAAAAAACAAUAUGAUAUGCUUUCUCUGAUUGUUUCAAGUUAGUUUAUGCUUACUGGCUUCCUAUCCCUGCCAUGCAACAAACAUGCAGGAACCCCAGUGAAAUUGCUGGAUUUUUUUUUGUUAUGCAUUGAGGACAAGUCUUCCCUUCUGUCAUGAACUAUCUGCCAGUUUCUCUCUGCCUUGCCUGAAUUAGCAGCAAGAAUUCUUGUUGUCUCCUAAUUCCCCUAAAAUAGUCUUGUUUUACCCUAGCACUUUUUUUUCCAGUUAGAAGCUGGAAACUCAGAAAAGGCAAAGAAACAAAUCUUAAAAUGCAAGUUUAGAGCCAGCCAAGCAAAAGUGGGAAGCUGUAGGAAGCCAGUAAAAAAAAAAAAAAAAAAAAAG